AUGUCUUCCAGCAGGCGCGGCAGCACCUACGACGGCCAUGACAUGCUUGUCAAGCACCAGAAUUCCUUCUCGUCCGAUGGCAGCAGGCUAAACAUUCCCAUGUGGGACAGCUCAGAUCCGGAACGUGCGCCUCCACCUCUUCCUCUGCACCCCGGCUCUCCCCUCACCACUCGCCCAAACACUUCGGCCGCCAUUGCCUCUGCCGCAAAGGCCCUUGAGGAGAAGGCUCGCGAAAAUGAUCCUGCUUACACCGUCAACCCCAUGCCGCCCAAGUCGCCCGAGAGGUCGCUCAUCAAGGGCGCCGCUCACAAGCGCAUGCAGUCUCUGCAGGACACCAGCAUGCGCGACUUCAGAAGCAUACUCCACUCCACCAGGUCGCCGGACAGGUCUCCGGAGAGGCCGGGCAGUCGGAAGAGCGCGCCUAGUCCUAGCCCUGCUCGGGAUCACGACACGGACUCCCCUCCUAUCUCUCCGGACAAGACGCCGUCUCGCGUCUCCUUGAACCCCGAACUCCUCAAGGAUACACCGAGUCUGCGCCCGACUUCCAGCAGGUCCCAGCACAAGGGUAUCUGGGCGGGUGAGAACACGCCCCCGUCGGCUACCAUGCUGGCGCUGCAGGCAAUGCCUGUUCGGGAUCACUUGGAGCCUCCACCUCCGCUCAACAUCCCUAACAGUCCUCGCAGCCCUCGUAGCCCUCGCCCAAGCUCUCGCCCUCGUACUCCCAGUUCUCUACCGUCUCGUGACGCCCGUGACAACGAUGGCAUGUCAGCCCAAAUUAGGGAGAUUGCCACCAUUGCCGCAAACUUGCAGCGUGAGAUGACGAACUUGAGCCGACGAAGCAAAGACAAUGCCGCGGACCUCAUCAACCUCAAGGAAGCGACCAAUGCACGCGACGAGGAUAUCCGGAAGAGUCUGAAAGAGCUUGUCAGCAAUAUCGGUAACCAGCCGUCUUUCCCCCCUCCGAACCCACCCUUUGCGCAUUCGCGUUCCAACAGCUUCACCGCCCCUGGCACGCCGCCCACGACGAACAAGACGUUUUCGCUUCCUAGAAUCAGUUCGCCAUUUUUUGAUGAAAGAGUUGGCAGUCCUAGCCCAUAUUCCAUCGAGGGAGCCGCUAGCGUGGCAAUGUUGGAAAAGAUCAUCCGGGAGAUGGUCACCAAGGAGGGUCAAGACCGCUUAGUCAACACACUUAAUGGCCUCUUCGAGAAGGCCAACCAUGACUCCACCGAGGCUGCGAAGAAGGUCGGCGAGCUGGUCGAAUUCAUCAAACAGGGUGGUUCAGAGAGCCGGGCUCUCAUCACUCAUGGCGGCGAUGAUUCGAAGAGCGAGCGUAAUGGCUCAGAUUCAGCAGGUGCGGUUGCUAGGGCGACAAGGGAUAUCAACGCCGCGCUAGGAUUGGGCAACGACGCUAAUACGUCAAAACCGUAUGCUGGUUCGAAGGCCACAGAGGCCGCCACCGCCGACUUGCUCAAACUGCUCAAGGAGAUCCAGCACAGCUUAUCCGGUAACAGCGGUAUGACUGCCGAAGUCAAGGCUGGCGUUCGGGAUAUACGUGGCCAAGUAAUGGGCAUGGGCCGGGAUAUCGCUCGCAGGUUCGACGAUUUAACGCCCAACAGCAGUGGUGCGCUUGCCUUGACGGAUGGAAAACGGAAGGAGGAUAUUGCUCGCAUCGUACGGGAGGGCCUUGCGGAGCUUCACGAUCACAUGGACAAUGCUCUGCAGCAGAAUGCCAUGGUACCGCACCAACCCACGGAUAACCAGGAGAUCUACAGGAUUGUCAAGCAUGCUCUUACUGAACAUGGUUUGAACAAUCCUCCGCCUGCGACGGAAGUUUCCAUCGACAAAGAUGAUCUCACGGCUGCGGUUAGGGAAGCAUACGAAGUGGUCAAGCCCCAAGGACAGCUCCAGCAGCUUGGUCUCGAACGAGAUGAGAUUCUUGAUUGUUUAAGGGAAGGAUUCGAGCAACACCGCGCCCUGGUGCCUGCAUCACAGACCAGCAAUAUCAGCCGCGAGGAUAUUAUGGACGCCAUGGCCGAUGCUAUGCAGCACUUCAACCCUCCGCAAUUGCAGAGCCAGGCCUAUGAGAUCCGGGAGGAGGUUCUUCGUGCUGUCAAAGAAUGCUUGGAUGAAUUCAGGCCUUCGAUGCAGGUUGCUCUUGCCUCACAGUCGCGGGAUCCUGGUGUCACCCGUCACGAUGUCCUGGACGCAGUCAGGGAGGGCCUCGAAACUCAUGGACUGAACUUCAGCCCCGAACUCGAGAUUUCUCAGGAGGAUCUGUCCAAUGCUAUGAAGGCGACAUUUGAAGAGGGACCAUUCGGAGGAUAUAGCGAGCAAGUGCUUAACAGGCUUCAGCAGCUUGUCAACGACAUGCGCGGCGAGUUCAAGGCAUACUCUUCUGCCAACGGUCGUGACACGGAGCAGGUACUCGACGCAAUGAAGGAUGGUCUCGAGGCUCUCCGCAACGAGAUCGAGUCAUACGUUGAUCGCGCUCAGGAUGUCACUGGCAAGGACGAAAUCGUCGACACUGUCAAGAGCGGCCUUGAGGCUCUUCGCAUCGAUGUUGCGGCUUAUGUCGCUGCAGGCCCCCAGGGGGACCAAGCACUGAACAGAUCUGAGAUGCUUGACUACAUCAGGGCUGAGUUUGAGCAUUUGCAGGAGUCGAUGGCCACUCAGAUGAUACCCUCGGCAAACGGCGACAAGCAGGAGAUUCUCCAGGCCCUUGCUGCUGGUUUGGACAACCUUAAGACCGAAAUCGGCAACCGCAGCCAGGAGGAGCCCUUGAACGAGGAAAUGCAAGAGGCCAUGAAGGCUGAGUUUGAUGCGGUCCGCGAUGCUAUCCUGAGCGGAAGCGCUUCCUACAGGGACGAAAUUAUGGAUACCAUCCAUGACAGCCUCGACAACCUGCACGACAAGCUGGAAGCGAAGUUGAGUGCCGAGCAGCAACCUUCACAGUCAAGUGAGGACUUCAUUGCCAGGAUGACGGAUGAGUUUGACCAUCUUCGGGAAACUCUGGCCACUAUGCUUGUCAAGACCGGCGGCGCGGAGGACAAGAACGAUAUCAUUGAUGCCAUCCGCGAGCAUACCGACGGACUGCGUACUCAAAUGGCCGCAAGCCAGGGCGAGUCCUCUGAAAGGGCGCUUGAGGCUGUUAAAGGAGAGAUCGAGCAGCUCCGGGUCACGCUCGGUGGCACACUUGUCAAGAGCGGUACUUUCGAGGAAAAGGAAGAGAUUCUGGAGGCUCUCCGGAUCGGUCUCGAAAGCAUCAAGGAGUCUCAAGCCCAAAACGCCAGGGGCGACAUCAAUGCCGAGGUCAUCGAAGCCAUCCAGGUUGAGCUCGAAAUCAUGCGCAAGACCAUUGCAGGCAACAUGGCAUCCCGCGCUGAUACUGAAGAGAUUCUCGAGACUGUCCGUCUUGGCUUGGACGAUCUCCAGUCGCACAUGGACAAGAAGAUUGAGAAUCCUGAGUCUCAAAUGAGAGCGACUGGUGAGAUUUUAGAUGCCUUGAACGACGCUGUUGAUGGCCUCAGAACCGACAUCGGCAAGUUUGGCGACAAGCCUGUACAGAUGGACAUGAGCGUCAACUACGAAAUUCUGGACACUCUCAAAGAAGGCAUCCAGAGCAUCCACACGGAAAUCACCCGCCUCAAGGGCGAUAAGCAGGCUACUGUCGAGGACGAGACCUCAACGACCGCUGGCAAUGAGAUUGUGCUUGCAGAAGACCCGGAAACCGCAGUCGCUCGGGAAGCUCCUGUGAUGGAGGAAGUCUCGAGAGCCAUCAACCGCGAGGACAUGGACAAGCUGGAGGUUAUUCUCAACCAGCUGCACCUCAAGGUCGAGUCAAUGGACGCCAACAUGCAGAAGCCUGCGCCUGAGCCUGCUCCCGCGCCUGCCCCUCUAAACGAGCCCGCACCCGGUGUUGCCUUGAAGGCAGAUCUCGCUGCUGUUGAGGAGCUUCUCAAGGAUGUCCAGGCUGCGGUCAAUCUCCUUUCGGAGGACAAGCACAAGGACACCGCUUUCAUUGAUGGUGUGGCCAAGAAGGAGGAUACGGAUGCCAUUGAAACCCUGCUCCAGAACACUAAGGCCAAGUUGGACGACUUGAUCCUCCCGGACCCCGAAACUUCGGUCAAGAAGGAGCAUCUGGAGAUUGUCGAGGCUAUGGUGUUGGGCACCAGCGAGGCCAUUGAUAAGCUUUCGGAUAAGAUCGAUGGUGAGGCUGUCGCCUCCAAGGGCGACAUCGCCCUCGUCGAAGUGCUUGUGACGGAUCUCAAGACCGCUGUAGACGAUCUCAGGAUCCUUCAACCCUCUGAGGAAGAGCAGGCGAAGAAGGCUACAAAGGAAGACCUUGACGGCAUUGCGCUUCUCAUCACCGAUGUUAAAGACAAGUUUGCCUCUCUUCCGGAGGCUGAAACUGUCCCUUCCAAGGCCGAGAUCGAACAGGUCGUUGGCCUUCUUAACGAUUUCCGCGACAGCCACGAGAAGCUGAAGGAAAACUAUGAGAACGACAUUAGUGUCACUGCGAAGGCUUUCGAUGACCGCAAGAUGGAGGCUGAGACGAUCAUCAGCAACAUCGGUGAUGUCAAGAUGUUCUUGGGCGAGGUCAAAGAUGAGAUCCACGCUAAGCUUCAAGAAGGGGGCGAAGGUGUCACUGGUCUCAAGGAGACUGUCACUGGUCUCGAAGAAGCUCUCAAGGGAGACUUCAACGUCACCGAGGAUGUCAAGCAACUCCUGGAAACCGUAAAGGCCGAGUUUGAGCGCGCGCAUGGCUCCAUCGAAGAUAUCAAGACCGAUGCGGGCGAGAAGGCUCAGGCGAACCUGCAAAAGCAUGACGAAGUCAAGGAAGUCAUUGUUGGCGGUAUGGCCGAGAAGCUCGAUGAGAAGUUUGCCGAAAUGAUGACCAAGUACGACGACAUGCUGGUGCUCACGGAGGCUCAAGCGCAAAAGGUCGACGACAAGACUGCACAGCAGGAGGAGAUGAUGGCUAGCACCAAGGCUACGGCUGAGGAGCUGAAGGCCGCGGUCGACACGCUUGGAACUUCAAUCACUGGCAUGCAGGCCGCCUUCAACGAGACUGGCGAGAAGAUGAGCGGCGACUCAUCGAACGUCACCACGAAGGUGGAGGAAGCUGUCACCAAGAUGGACACCAAUCAUGAAGCCGACAAGGCUGAGCACCAGCUGACUCGCGACGAAGUUGCCAAGGUUGUCACGGCUCUCACGUCUGUGCAGGAAGAUCUUACCGAGAACCAUCCCAAGUUCAUGGUUACACUUCAGGAAGUGCUUGCGCUUGUCAACCAGCAUUAUGAUCAUCAAAGGGCAACGCAGGAGGCCGCCCACGAACAGCAGCGCAUUGCGGCUGAAGAGUCAAAGUCUAGAGCGGAGGAGUUCAGAGAGAGCUUUUUCACUAAAUUGCCCGCUCUGCUCCCAGCGCCUCCGGAGCCGACCGAGAAGUACGACGAUACCCAGGUACACGAGAAACUUGACAAUCUGCUGGACCAGGCUGCGGAUGCUUCGAAGUCUGCUGAGCAGCUUGAGCGUUUGGACGAGAUCCACAAGCAGGUCAUGAACACUGCUGCGGAGGUCACUCAGUUCGUGCAGACUCAGACUAGGCUUAUCACUGAGGGCCAUGAGAACAGGGAGAAGGAGGCAGAGGAAGUCGCUCUGCUGCUUGAGCGCCGCACUGUUCAGAAGGAGCAGAUCGAGCAAGACAUCCACAACCUCAACGACGAAAAGGACCAGCUUCGCCAAAUUGUUGAGAGCCUCCGUCAUGAGAAGGAGUCUCUGCAAGCUCAGAAGUCCAAGCUCAAUGCAGAUGUCUCUGCGCUGGAGAUGGCUCUUAACAUCCGUCGCGAGGAGCUCCACCACAUGGACGCCAAGGCCGACGCUCUGGAGCGCCGUAUCCUGAAUGGCAUCAUGGACCACUCCCGAGCAUUGCUGAUGACCAAGGGCAUCAAGGCACCUUUGCCUGGUGAAACGGUGCCCCGUCCUCCACCACCUCCUAGCACGGUCGCCAAGGGCGUGUCUAUGGCUCUUAACCCUCGCCAAACCCCUCGCCGCAAAUCCACCCAGAAGCAAGCUAACCCUGCCAACCGCCGCAUCCUGUCCCUCAGCCAGAUCAACGGCAACGCUUCUCCGGUCGACAAGGGCCUCAAUAGCACCCCUAACACGGGUCUUAAGCGCAGCCAUUCUGUCAAAACGCAACCUGGCUACCGGAAGGCCUCCUGGAGUACUGCCAAGCGGGUCGCGAGCGACGCGAACAAGGAAAACGAGACGUUGAACGAGGAGCGGGAGAGUGAGGAUGAAGACGAGCUCGAUCCGUCAGAGCUGGGACCCUCGGAGGUGGAGCCUUCGGAGACGGAGCAAGACGUCCACAGUGAGACAGGCACGGAGCGGCGCCGCAGCUACGGCAGCCUGUCGCGUGGCGCCACCGAGGACCCGAGCAUGUACAACGACAGCCUUGUCACGACGCCCAGCACGGAGCGACGCACGAGCUAUGGAGCCGGCUCUGAGUACACGUACGACACGGGCAGCUAUCUGACAGGCAGCGAUGUCACGGGCAGCUACUUGAAUGGCAGCGACGCGGGAUCGACAGUCCAUACGAGUAUUGAGACGGGCACGGGCAUUGAUGAGGACCACGGCGAGUACUACGCCAGUGACGAGGACGACGACAGCCACUACGAAGACGACGAAGGUGAACUCACGGAGGUGCCGCGCGAGCAUGAACACGAGCACGAGGAUGGCCAUGGCUCCGACGCCGAGGGGUCUUCGGUGACGGGUUCGGCGCUGACGCAACGCUCUGGUGGUUCUGCAAGCUCCGCUAGCUCGGAAGAAGUAGAAAAUGAAGAAGAGGAGCAUGUCUCGCGCCGGGACUCUCUGCAGGACCCGGAUUCGCCCGAGAGUAAGAAGCCAGAGCCCGCUCCCGCCGCCGAAGAGCCUGCUACCACUGCAACUACUCCUACCCAAGAACCCGAGUCCCCGCCUCAAGAAGUCGCUUCCACAACUGCGCCCGCUGCUGCGACGACCGAAGCGGCAAUGGUAGGCAAGAAGCCGCCGGCUGCUACAGCGCGUACGCCCGCGGCGAGCGAUAGCGGUUUAGGCUCUGAUUUGCCGACGGCGGGGUUGGAGGGGGACCAGGUGGAUUAUUUUAGGAGAGCGGCGGAGGAAGAAGCGAGUCAGGUUUCGGGGGUGCAUUGA